GCCAAAGUCAAAGUCACAAAUUAAAAAACUAUAAAAUUAUUCUUCUCAAGAUUUUCGAGACUUCUUUUAUUCGAUGGAAAAAACUAAAAUCGUCACUCUCUCUCCUAACUGUAUCCGUGAAGGCAAAAAAUACGUAUAAACAGAUACGUACAGAGAAACGUAAGUAUGUAAGUAUACUCGUCUAGCUUUCUCUCUCAGCUGUACCUUUUUAUUAUGGUGUUUUUGGUAACGAGAAAACCAAACCCACACAACAUUCAAUUGAAAUUGCGACUUUCGAUUUAAAACUCUCUUUAACUACAAUCGCUAUCCACGAACAAUCUGAUUGAUUCUCUCUCUGAGAUCUCUCUAUCUAUCUAUCUAUCUCUCUUCUCUUACCUUUUCAAUACGAUUUCGGAUUCUGAGCUGCGAUGCUUCUUUGAUUCACUUGAGAGUGUUUUGGAGUUUUGACUACGACUUGUGAUGGCAUCUAGACAAGGAUCAAAAUCGAGAAAAGCAGGGUUAAAGGGUGCUGAUUCUACUGCAUCUUCGACAACCUCGUCUUCGAAGCUUUAUCAAGAGACUUCUAUAGAUGGCCAUAGCUCCCCUGCUUCUUCAUCUGCUCAAAGCAAGCAGCAGUUCUUCUCACCAGAUCCCUUACCACAAACUGCUCAGCGGUCUAAAGAAAACGUCACAGUGACAGUUCGCUUUCGCCCACUCAGUCCAAGGGAAAUUCGCCAAGGGGAGGAGGUUGCAUGGUAUGCAGAUGGGGAAACUAUCGUGCGAAAUGAGCAUAAUCCGACAAUAGCUUAUGCCUAUGACCGUGUCUUUGGACCUACAACCACAACACGCAAUGUCUAUGAUAUUGCUGCACACCAUGUUGUUAAUGGGGCUAUGGAGGGGAUAAAUGGGACCAUUUUCGCAUAUGGAGUGACAAGCAGUGGAAAGACACACACAAUGCAUGGUGACCAGAGAUCUCCUGGUAUUAUACCGUUAGCAGUGAAAGAUGCUUUCAGCAUCAUCCAAGAGACUCCUAAUCGAGAAUUUCUUCUGCGUAUUUCCUACAUGGAAAUAUAUAAUGAGGUUGUCAAUGAUUUGUUGAAUCCAGCAGGACACAAUUUGAGGAUCAGAGAAGACAAGCAGGGAACCUUUGUCGAAGGGAUUAAAGAAGAAGUUGUUUUAUCCCCUGCUCAUGCGCUUUCUCUUAUUGCAGCUGGAGAAGAGCAACGACAUGUUGGAUCCACAAAUUUUAAUUUGCUCAGCAGCCGGAGCCAUACAAUAUUUACGUUGACGAUAGAAAGUAGUCCCUUAGGUGACAAGAGUAAAGGUGAAGCUGUACACCUCUCACAACUGAACCUCGUUGAUCUGGCAGGUUCCGAGAGUUCAAAGGUUGAAACCAGUGGUGUAAGACGCAAAGAAGGAUCAUAUAUAAAUAAAAGUUUGCUGACGUUAGGGACUGUGAUAUCAAAGCUUACGGAUGUGAGGGCUUCACAUGUACCAUACAGAGACUCUAAGUUAACCAGGAUCCUUCAGUCCUCAUUGAGUGGUCAUGACCGAGUAUCUCUCAUUUGUACCGUCACUCCUGCAUCAAGCAGUUCGGAAGAAACACACAAUACACUGAAAUUUGCUCAUCGUGCAAAGCAUAUUGAGAUUCAAGCUGAACAAAACAAGAUAAUUGAUGAGAAAUCAUUAAUCAAGAAGUACCAACGCGAGAUUCGUCAACUGAAGGAAGAGUUGGAACAGCUUAAACAGGAAAUUGUACCAGUUCCUCAGCUGAAGGAUAUUGGUGCAGAUGAUAUUGUUCUUCUGAAGCAGAAGCUAGAAGAUGGUCAAGUCAAGCUGCAAUCUAGACUCGAAGAAGAGGAAGAAGCUAAAGCAGCUCUCCUGAGUCGAAUCCAAAGAUUGACGAAAUUAAUUUUGGUGUCGACUAAAAAUCCACAAGCAUCUCGAUUACCUCAUCGUUUUAAUCCGCGGAGGAGACAUUCAUUUGGGGAAGAAGAGCUUGCUUACCUACCAUACAAGAGGCGGGACAUGAUGGACGAUGAGCAACUUGACCUGUAUGUUUCUGUGGAGGGAAAUCAUGAGAUUAGAGAUAAUGCGUAUAGAGAAGAAAAAAAGACCCGCAAGCACGGAUUGUUAAAUUGGUUAAAGCCUAAGAAAAGAGAUCACAGUUCAAGUGCCAGCGACCAGUCAAGUGUGGUCAAAUCUAACAGCACACCAUCAACUCCUCAAGGGGGAGGCAGUCAUCUGCACACAGAAUCAAGACUUUCAGAAGGCUCGCCUUUGAUGGAACAACUCUCAGAGCCUAGGGAAGACAGAGAAGCUUUAGAAGACAGUUCCCAUGAAAUGGAGAUUCCGGAGACUAGCAAUAAAAUGAGCGAUGAGUUGGAUCUUUUGAGGGAACAGAAAAAGAUAUUAUCUGAAGAGGCGGCACUGCAAUUAAGUUCUUUAAAACGGAUGUCAGAUGAAGCUGCAAAGUCCCCUCAAAAUGAGGAGAUUAAUGAGGAAAUUAAAGUACUCAAUGACGACAUCAAAGCAAAGAAUGACCAGAUUGCUACGUUGGAGAGACAGAUAAUGGAUUUUGUUAUGACAUCUCAUGAGGCAUUGGAUAAAUCUGAUAUCAUGCAGGCAGUUGCUGAGCUGAGGGAUCAACUUAAUGAGAAAUCUUUUGAACUCGAGGUUAAAGCUGCAGAUAAUCGCAUCAUUCAGCAAACACUCAAUGAAAAGACAUGUGAAUGUGAAGUGUUGCAAGAAGAAGUUGCAAAUCUAAAGCAGCAGCUCUCUGAGGCCCUGGAACUAGCACAGGGAACUAAGAUUAAAGAGCUGAAACAAGACGCCAAGGAACUAAGUGAAUCAAAGGAGCAGUUAGAACUCAGAAACAGGAAACUUGCAGAAGAGAGUUCAUAUGCAAAAGGUCUUGCAUCAGCAGCUGCAGUUGAGCUCAAGGCAUUAUCCGAAGAAGUUGCAAAGCUUAUGAAUCAGAACGAGAGACUAGCAGCUGAGCUGGCAACACAGAAGAGCCCAAUCGCACAACGAAAUAAGACAGGAACAACAACAAAUGUAAGGAACAAUGGAAGAAGAGAGAGUCUUGCAAAGAGGCAAGAACAUGACAGCCCAUCAAUGGAGCUGAAGAGAGAACUGAGGAUGAGUAAGGAACGUGAGCUAUCGUAUGAAGCUGCACUUGGUGAAAAAGAACAAAGAGAAGCUGAGCUUGAAAGGAUAUUAGAAGAAACAAAACAGAGAGAAGCAUAUCUGGAGAAUGAGCUUGCUAAUAUGUGGGUUCUUGUUUCUAAGCUGAGAAGAUCUCAAGGAGCAGAUUCAGAAAUCUCUGAUUCUAUAUCAGAGACGCGACAAACGGAACAAACGGAAGGUUCAUUUUGAGAUUUGAGAGAAAAGAAGACAACAUAAGUAGGAUAUGUUUGUGCAGUGAUUCCAGAGAGUUUGUGUUUGGUACUUUGCCUUGUAAGUCUCGAUUUCUUCGGUUAUUGGGACUUUCUUUUAUAACUUUGUUGAUAAUUUUGUAAAGAAAGAUUCAAUUAAGAGAGAAGAACUAUUAUGUCUCUUUUAAUUUAACUUGCUUAGAUCGAAUCAGAAUACCAAAAUCAUCAGAUGAUUGCAAAAACUUGUAACUGUGUGUUUAUAUGAAAAUUGUUCCAAAAAUCUCAACAAAAACAAAAAAAAAAAACCUCAAAGGAGUGAUCAGUUGGUCUUAGGAUCAGGCAUGGGGAACAAACCACCAGCACCAGCAGCUCCUCGCGGCGGAGAAAACCCUAGAAAUUUCUGUAGAUUGGUUCUGAUACUAAUUGAACACAGCAGAUAGAGAAAAGCCAUGGAACAAUCCGUCGGAUCAUCACCUUUCAGUCCCCUGUGACUCAUCUUCUUCACUAUCGUGAUCGGAUGGAAAGGAAGCUUCGCGACGACUUUACCUUCGAAUAGUGAAUUGAGCAAUCCGAAGACGACGAAGAGAACCAGUGCCACAACGGCGCCGGAUUUGAACUUGAAGAGUGACAGAUCUCGGCUCGAUUCCUUUAAGCUGGUUUCAACGCGAUCGAUCUUCUUCGUCUUUGAUUUCUUUAUGGAUAGCUUUGACGAUGGAUUCUCUGUCUUCAUUGUCUCGAGUUUCUUCGUGGCCUUGUCAAUGGAGUAUUUCAAGGAUUUGUAUGAGCUGGUACGGUAGAUUAAGAUCCAUGAGAUGGCUUCGCAGACCAACGCGGUGCAGAAGGAGAUUCCUACGACCGUUAAGCUAUCGGCGUAUUUGAAAGAGGCGAAGAGUGGAAUCGUAGUCGCCAUUGUUGCGCAAACUUGCAGAGAUUGGAUUUGACUGUUCGGGUCUCACUUUGAUUAGGAAUCGUAGAAAGUCAAAGGAGG